UAUUUCUCUAUCAGACGACAAACAAUUGCCUAGCAACGGGAGAUGUCUUCCGUACCUUACGUCUUCCAAAGAGAGCUGCAUAUGAUUCCUGUUCCCAUGUAUUGCAUCGGAAAGCAUUCAUAUGUCACCGAAACCAGUUACAGAAGAAAGAUAUAAGCAAUCUCUAAUUGGUAAUUGUUUAGUAAUCGUUUUAGAACCAGAAAAUGAAGAAGAUGACGUAAGCCUAACUGAAGAAUUGAAAACAUCACCUAGCAACCGAGUCGAAGGUUUCCAUCUCUUCAGCGAAUUCAGAAAACAAAAUUCACAAUGUUAUUGGAAUCCUUGUCUGAUACAAGCGGCAAACAGUCUAGAAUACAGAGGAUAUCUUCAACCAUUCACCUUACUCGUUUCCAGUACAGAUUUAUGUCUGGAAGUAGUAAGAUCGGCAUGGAUGAGAAGACUUCUCAGAUCACCCAAAGGAUAUCAAAUACAAAAAAUUGGUGAUGUACCUCCUGUAGAAAUGACUAUUAUACCACAAACACAAUUUGCUCCAUUAGCUGAUACACUAUGCAAAGUAGUUUGUGAAUUGAAUUGUGAGUCAAUUACAGCUACUAAAGACGUCAUUAUCGAUAGAAUUCAGACGAAUUUCUCUGAAAUGGUCGUUCCUAGCGAGGAUAUUUUACAUCAGACACUCGGUGGAUUAAUUAGAGACCGGAAACUUUACCAUGCUGGUAAUGGUUACCACAUAGUAACACCAGAUACAUACAGUGCUACUUCAGCAUCACCAAUUGCUUGGGAAAGACAAAUGUUAAUGACGAAUGAAGAAGCUAUUGUUCGACUUCUCACAGCUGAAACUAAAUCAGAAAAAUGGCGUAAUAGAGCCAUACAGGUUGAAGCACGAGAUGUAAUUAGCGGUGAUCGACCCGGAGACAAGGUGAUUCUACCUUCUGACGAUUGUUCAGUAAAAUUGGAAAGAAGUCAUUCGUUGAGAGUGCAAAGAGAAAGAGAAAAUUGCAAAACAGAUGCUUGUGAUGGGUUAUACCGUUUUAAUUCAUUGAAAGUAUCCGGUAAACGAAGUGAUAGUGAAGACGGACAAAAAAGAGACAAAGUGUCAAUAUUUUGCAAAUUAUUUAGAAGAUGCCAUUCUAGACCACCAUCUCAAUCAGUUAAAUAUGCUACUUUUGCUACACAAUUUCCACCAUUAGAGUGGUCCGAUCCUAAUUAUAUUUUUCUCCAAUCUCAAGGAACGCAAACGAUUGAAAAUGACUUGCCAGUUGUAACAAAGGUGAGACGCAGAAGUCGUCAUGGAGGUAAUCGUGAGAGGCGAUCAUUACAUAUCCAUUCUAAUAGAGAGAGAGAUUGUAAAAUUCACCACAGUCCAAAUCAUCAAAAUUGCAACGGUAUAAAUUCUCGCUCGUGUUGUAAACAGCCAGGACCCCGUAAAAGUUUUCCUGCAGCAGAAAUUGAAUGUCCAAAUUCUAGACAAAUGUCUCCAGUUUUAAAUAAUCGUCCCGUUGUUCCUAAAAGAAAACCAUCAGAUAAAUUAAACAAUUCGUCAGAUAGUCCAAAGUAUAUUGAUAGACAAAAACAACUUAAUAUUACUAAUAACGAAUUAACAGAUUCGCCUACCAAAUAUUCAGGCAGUCGAUUGCAAAACGGUUUAGUAGAAACAAACGUUAAAACCAAAGACGAUCUGUCCUGGAAAUAUCAUUUAUUACAAUCAUCUGAUGCUCUUUAUAAAAUUUCUUCAGGGAGAGAAAAAUCGAAAAGUCCAGAAACUGAGAAUAAUAAUGCUUUAAAUAAUCACAAAAUUACACCGACUAAAGACGUAUCCGUCGAUAAUUCGGUAGAUUUUGAAGUUAGCGUAUAUCCACAUCUAACAUGGGAACGUCAAAUUCCAGGGGAAUCUUCUAUUAAAAAAGCUGAAGAUUGGUGUCAAACAGUUUCAGGAAAAACGUCCUUUAACCGCACAACAGCCCGUCCUGCAACACUUACUACUGUAACUAGUAUAACGACCUGCUUGUCACCUGGAACGCCUAAAACAGAUUUAGGCUCCACUAAGAACCGACAAAAACCUCCGUAAUAUACGAAAUUAGGAAAUCGAUGUCAUUGUGCCAAGAAUGCCAUGUUUGUGCCAUGUAUGUUGUGAUGCCAUAGACCUUUUUCUAUGCAUGCAUCUCUUUUUCUAAUAAGACUGUAGAUGGAUUUUUAAACAUAACUAUACCCAAAACUUAUCACUUCUUCUCUCUUUAAACUCCAAUUAGACUAGAUUAAUAUUCUAAUUAUAGAAUUUAGAUACUUAAAUUCAAACUGAAAAAAAAGUCAUCUUAAGAGGGGUUUAAACUGCCGAGUUGUUUUUUAAAUAUGUAAAUAAUGAGUUUGUGUAUUUAUUCUUGACAAGAAAGAUAAAAUCGUCUGAAUAUUGUUAUAUUUUUUUAAAGAAAUCAAUAAUUAUUUUUCAUUAUUUGCUGUAUAGAACGUUUUAAUAUUUACUAAAUUAAAAUAGGAUUUACAAAAUAUAAAAUUUAUUAAUGUUAUUUCAGGCGAUUUUAUAAUUUAGGAAUUUUUUAUGACAAAUUUAUAUACGAGUUUAUAUUAUAUGUGAUAGUGAUAGUCGUGAUUUUUUUUAUAAAUAAAUUUAAUCAUAAUUUC